AUGAAACAAGCUGCUGCUGAUAUCCGAAAGAUGGAAGAAAAAAUGGGCUUACAUGAUGGUGGAGCCACAAAUUCAAGUGAAACUGUCCAUGAGACAUUGAAGGAUCCUACUCUAGCUAGAACUAAAGGAUAUGUUGGGGAAUCUUCAACAAGUCAGAAAAAAAGGAAGCAGACUCAAUGUUCUACUUGCAGAAAAUUCGGGCAUAAUAAGCAAACAUGUUCAAUACCUCGACAUCAUGCUAACAUGACACAUUCGUCACAUGAAGAUUUUCACAACAUUGAAUUCAGUGAUGACUCUUUGCAUAACGAUCUUGAUUGA